AUGUCGAUGGAGCUCCUCUUUUGCAAAUCAAAAGUUUUUGUUCAUCCCAGCAAGAGCUCGCAGGAUAAUAUACCUGGGUUUCUGAUUAUAACUCUUGAGCAAGGUCAACCAAGACAGGAAUGCGUACUGGCUUGGGUUCCGGAGUCUGCUCUGGAUAAGAAGCAGCUGAAUUGGUUGUAUCAUGCAGAUUUAACACUAGGGAAGUCAGAGCUGCAGAAGUUGAAAAUGGGCCCUGGGACCCUUGGAGGUAUCUCAUCGAUGGCAUGGUCAUUUUCUAUCAAGUUGGGAUAUUUGUACUCGAUCGAAUUCAGAGUACCUAGCCCUACUGGUUUGUGGCACGGAUCAGUCAUUUUACACUCAAAGUCUCCCCAGGAGGACGAUACACUGCCCGUUUUGUUCUUUCAUGAUAAGGCUUGUCCUUCGACAGAACGCAAGAUGAAGGAGCUUAACAAAUCUUUUGAUCCCUUUACAAGUUCUGGGGAUAUCUAUUGGGGUGGGAUCGAUUUUAGAAGCUCCGUAGCUUCUUUAGUUGAUUUGAAGCAGACCUACGUUGAUCCGACUGUGUGGUUAGUGAAUGCUUCUCUAGACGAUUUAAGAAAUUUCUCACCACAGCUUAUGCAAAGAAGACUAAGUGAAGGCAAGGCUAAGACGGAAGUUGGAAGUUCGAAUUUGUGGGAUAAAUGGGAAGCUGCUAAAUGGGGAUUUAUGACCAGGGUAGCUGAUGCGACAUCAAAGACUGGAUCCUACAUGGGUAGUUUGAUUCGAAAGCACCCACUUGUUAUGCUUGCUGAGAAGAAUGGUAAUAAUCCUUAUGUCAAGAAGCUGCUGGAAAACCCAAGAGUGCAAGAGGUCCAAGAUGAUUUCGACUCUGCAAGAGUUUACUUAGCCAAAUGGGCUCUUGGGGUCAAGCAGCAAGCUGACCAAUAUCAAAGAACACAUGAGAUUGGUGACUCUUAUAGGAAAGCACUUACAAAAGAGCUUGGGUUCGAUAGUCAAUCUGAUGUUCAGUUCACCGAAGAAGAAUUGAGCAGAGCUUUAGAGAGAAAGUUCCCGGUUUCCAAGCAGAAAUGGGAGUCUUUUUUUGACUCGCAGGGCAGAAUUUCUCUCACGGUGAAUGAGGUUAAGGACUUUAUAUUUCAUGGCGGAAUAGAAGAUUUCGGCACAAGGAAGGAAGUGUGGUUGUUUUUACUUGGCGUUUAUCCUUGGGACUCUUCUUCCGACGAGCGAGAGCAACUGGAUCAGACCCUUGCGGAGAUUUACAAUAACAAUUACAAAUCGAAAUGGCUUAACAGGUCAACUCAUCCCGAUGCACAAGAGGAAGAAUACUGGCAGGAUCAACUUUUCAGGAUUGAGAAGGAUGUCAAGAGAAAUGAUCGCAAUUUUGACAUAUACAAGUACAAUACCCCAGAUGGCUCAGCUCCUGAGACGAAAGAAACAGAAGAUCCGUCAGAAGGUGAUAAAACUGAGGAAAGUGAACAUUGGUCAAUCAAGAACCCUCACUUGCUUUCUUUGAAAAACAUACUGAUCUGCUAUAACAUAUACAACCCCAAUUUGGGGUAUGUGCAAGGCAUGGCAGACCUACUGUCGGUCGUUUACUACAUUGUUAGAGAUGAGGCACUCUCCUUUUGGUGUUUUGUCAAUUUCAUGGACAGAAUGGAACGAAACUUCCUCAGGGAUCAAUCAGGGAUCCGUGACCAAAUGUUGACUUUAACGGAACUUUGUCAACUACUUUUGCCCCAGCUUACCGAGCAUUUGAACAAGUGUGACUCUUCAAACUUGUUUUUCUGUUUCCGCAUGCUACUUGUUUGGUUCAAGAGGGAGUUUGAAUUUCCAGACGUCUGUUCAAUUUGGGAGAUUUUCUUAACCGAUUACUAUUCGUCACAGUUCCAGCUCUUCUUCAUGUUAGCGAUCUUGCAAAAGAACAGUCAGCCGAUCAUCCAAAACCUCAACCAAUUUGAUCAGGUUCUUAAAUAUUUCAACGAUCUUCAUGGGACGAUGGAUUGGAGUGAUCUGAUGACUAGGAGUGAGCUAUUGUUUAUCAGGUUCAAGAAGAUCAUGGAAGUUAUGGAAAGGAAAAGUGAGAUCGAAGAAAAUAUACCAAAUAAUGACGGUGGGAAAACGACUGGCGUUCAACUGCACGAUUUUGAAAUAGAGGAUAACGAUAAUCAAACUCUACCUUGCGCCAGCAAAUAUCUGCAGCUUCUUUUGUCUAAGAAACUCGUGGUUCAGAGAGAAAAUCCUCGGGCUAAGGAUUCCAUAAAGUAA